GUGAAGAUGGUGGCAACUGAGUCCAGGGCAGCGUUCUGCGUGGCGACGGCGCUGCUAUUGCUGAUGCAGAUGGUGGACGCGGCAGAGUUCGCCAGGCAGGGCUACAGCAGACGGCGCGGAAUCAAGAUACCGCGCAUCGCCACCACGUCGACGACGAACACCCAGGCUCCAGAACACCCGCCAAUGCAGACGCUUUUCGGCUUCAGGAGGAGGAUGAGUGAAAUUGAAAAUGUCACAGAGCUCCCCAAGCCUUUGGUUGAGAGAAAAUCAAUUUCAGAAGAUGACAAAGUUGCAAAGGCAAUACACCAUGCUAAACUAGCAGUGUGUGAACCUGAGCUCCAGAUAGUGCAGCUCUACCAGAAUAACAAUCCAUUUGAGGUCGUUCACACAUCAUGUACGCGGAUUGAAAGAUGUGGAGGGUGUUGCAGACACAGCUUGCUCAGCUGCCAACCAACAGACAGUGGAAUAGUAAAUUUUCAGGUCUACAUUACAGAAUUCAGAGGUGGAAAAUUUUUACAGCAGCACCGUAAAGAAGUUGUUGCUGUGGAACGGCACCUUAAAUGCAAGUGCAGCUGUAUAAUUAAAGAGAAGGACUGCAACAAAUUACAGAAAUAUGUACCCAAUGAAUGUGCCUGUGUAUGCCAAAAUACAGAUGAGGAAAACAAAUGUAAGAGUCAGCAGAAUAUCAAAGCAUGGGAUUCACAUGAAUGCUCAUGCAAAUGUAGAAAUACUAGAGAAUGUUCCACAGGAUUAUUCUUUGACCCUGACUUCUGCAGCUGCCAACUAUCAAUGCAAACAUCUGGAGACAAGUUUCCUGUUUCAAGUGUUGUAACCAAAAAUCAUUCCAGUGUAAUUAAAAGGCGUAUGGGAACUGUUGCAAUAGGCACAAAUUAACGGGACCAAAGAGACAAAUCCUCAUUUACAGCUCAGACUGCUCAUAUGAAAUAGUUUUCUUCUGAUUUGAAUGAAUAAUAUGGGUGAUAAACUUAGAAUACAGUUACUGAAGAGGAAAAUGUUGAAUUGACAUUAAUAAAUUGUAAUUUACAUACUGA